GGGGCCGGGGCCGGGGCCGCUCGGCCGGCCGGCGGUUAUGGGGACGGGCAGCGGCGGGGCCGGCGGGGCAGCCCCCGCAGCGAGCCCCUGCCUGCGCCAUGUAGGCUAUCUGGAAACCGGAAAAAUCCUAAUGGAGUGAGGAGGGCUUGCUUCAUGUUUUCCUUUAUUUUUAGAGAUUUGGUUUGUUUGGGGUUUUUUUUUGUUAAGCUGUAGAUGUUUUUCUCGCCCUUUUUUAAAUACCGUUUUUGGAAGAUGAAAUGCUUCUCACGUUACCUGCCUUACAUCUUCAGGCCUGCGAACACCAUCCUCUCCUCCAGCUGCCACACGGAAGCUGACAUUAUCUCUACAGUAGAAUUCAACCACACCGGAGAAUUGCUGGCAACAGGGGACAAGGGGGGUCGGGUUGUCAUAUUUCAGCGUGAGCAGGAGAGCAAGAACCAGCCCCAUCGCAGGGGUGAGUACAAUGUGUACAGCACUUUCCAGAGCCACGAGCCGGAGUUCGAUUACCUGAAGAGUUUGGAGAUCGAGGAGAAGAUCAAUAAGAUCCGAUGGCUCCCGCAGCAGAACGCCGCCUAUUUCCUACUGUCCACCAACGAUAAAACUGUGAAGCUAUGGAAGGUCAGUGAGCGCGACAAAAGGCCGGAGGGGUACAACCUGAAGGAUGAGGACGGCCGCCUCCGAGACCCCUCCAUGAUCACCUCGCUGCGGGUGCCGGUGCUGCGGCCCAUGGACCUGAUGGUAGAGGCCACUCCACGCAGGGUGUUCGCCAACGCGCAUACAUACCACAUCAACUCCAUCUCCGUCAACAGCGACUACGAGACCUACAUGUCAGCCGAUGACCUGCGGAUAAACCUCUGGAACUUUGAGAUCACAAAUCAGAGCUUCAAUAUCGUGGACAUCAAGCCGGCCAACAUGGAGGAGCUGACGGAGGUGAUCACCGCUGCAGAGUUCCACCCCCACCACUGCAACACCUUCGUGUACAGCAGCAGCAAAGGCACCAUCCGGCUGUGCGAUAUGCGCACCUCUGCCCUCUGCGACCGCCACGCCAAGUUUUUUGAGGAGCCUGAGGACCCCAGUAACCGCUCGUUCUUUUCUGAGAUCAUCUCCUCCAUCUCUGAUGUCAAAUUCAGCCACAGUGGGAGGUACAUCAUGACCCGAGACUACCUCACUGUCAAGGUGUGGGACUUGAACAUGGAGAACCGGCCCAUCGAGACGUACCAGGUCCACGACUACCUGCGGAGCAAGCUGUGCUCGCUGUAUGAGAACGACUGCAUCUUCGACAAGUUUGAGUGCGUGUGGAACGGCUCCGACAGUGUCAUCAUGACUGGCUCCUACAACAACUUCUUCCGCAUGUUUGACCGCAACACCAAGCGGGACGUGACGCUGGAGGCCUCGCGGGAGAACAGCAAACCGCGGGCCGUCCUCAAACCCCGCAAGGUCUGCGUGGGGGGCAAGAGGAGGAAAGAUGAGAUCAGCGUGGACAGUCUGGACUUCAGCAAAAAGAUCUUGCAUACAGCUUGGCACCCUUCGGAGAAUAUCAUUGCUGUGGCAGCGACAAAUAACCUGUAUAUAUUCCAGGACAAGGUUAAUUAGGAGGACAAGUUAUUCUUUAGGAGUCUCCCAUGUACUGAAUACUAGUAAACACAAGAUUCCCAAUGUUUCUUUUCUUUCUUUUUUUUUUUUUUUUCCCCUCUUUCUUUCCUAUUCCUCUGUUGAAGUGCUGCUCUGUGAAUGGCAGUGUGCAGGGCCAGGCAGACCAGCUGCAGUGGUACCAUGGCAGCUCCCAGGUUUCCAUUUACCCACGUGCUGAGAGCUCGGACUCAACACGGAGCAGCCGGGGCGGUUUCAGCUGUUGCUGUUGCGGUGGCGGUGCUGUGGUGGUGGCUGAUGUGUGGGGUGUGGUGACCUGGAAUCAUCAGCUGCAGUGGGAACAGACGGGGCGGCUGUGUGCACCUAAGUGUGGGUGUGGUGGGGUUUUUGUCAUCCAUUCUGAUUCUUUAAGGCUUAAUCCUAGGAAUUCCCACCUGUUGUUUCACAAGGUCAGAGCCCCGUCCCCAUUUUUCACAUCUGUCCUUUAUUUCAUGUCUUUACCAACAGCAAAACCAAACACAGGACGGACUGGUGGUGCUCGGAGCUCCCAGGAGGGCUGCGGCCCUCCUCUGCCCCACCCAAACUCCCAAGGAUUUGGCUUUGUAGAUACUGCGGUGCCUUUUGGGUAUAUGAAAUACCUUCAUAAAUGAUACUUCCAAAACAUGCUGAUUGCAAACCAAGUUCAACCUGGGCUUUUUUUUUCUUUUUUUUUCUUUUUCUGCAUUUCUUGUAUUUUCUGUGGCCAUUUCUGCUGUCGCGUUGCUGUACACUCCUGCAUCUCACGCUUUCUCUCUCUUUUUAAUUUAUUUAUUUAUUCCUUUUUUAAAAAGAAAAAGUAUAAGUUGCUAAUUUAUGACGUUCUAAAAGAGAAUCCAACCAGAUACUGCUCUAGCACCUGACUGCUUCCUUCAGGGGCUGUCUGUGGUCCUACAUUAUAAUAAUAAUAAUAAAACCAGUAACUCUUCCUCUGUGCAUGGCCAGGCUGCCCCUUUCUACUGUUAAGAUUGUUCAGAUCCUUUUUUUACUCGAGCAAAUGUUCAAUCAAAAACAAUAAUAAUUUUCAGUCCGAAAAACACUCCUGCAAGAGCAAGUAAAUGAAUAAAUAAAGUCAAUUACAGCAACCAACACCAUUGCUUUAGCAGUGUCCCCAUGAGGGUGGUCCUGCUGUGCAGCUGUGCUGCAUCCACCACGCCUGUGUCCUGCAGGGAAGCCUUCAGCAAGCCCUAAUGGCAAAGUGCACUCUCCCCACAGCCCCUAUUGUACCGCAUGCUUCGGAUGCCCUGCAGCUCCUGUGCUACCUCCAGCCCUCAGCCCCUACCUGAGGAGCAUGGGGAUGGGCAGGAGACCCCCACCUGGAGCCUGCGGGGCAGGAGCAGGGGGCAUUCACCAUCCCAAAGGGAUGAGUAGGGGGAUGUGCACCUCCUCCCACAUUUACUACAAGUGGUGGCUUUCAGGAGUACCUUUUCUUUUUUUUUAAUGGUUAAAAAAAAAAUGCCAAGAGUAAAAAAAUUUUUCAAAUGUUCUUUUUUUUUUUGUUCUUGUACAGAAAGCCUGCACUCUGGUACCAGAAGUAAAGUUGUUCCAAACGUG